GUAAAUAAGUGAUCUCAUCGCAAGCCCGGUUGCUAAGCUGCAAGUGUAGACUUGGGUCGCAAGCAGCCACACAAACAUGAAAUCAACAAGGACUGAAGGAGCCAGACAGAAAGCAGAUUAGUAGUUGGCAUCAACUAGCUAGCUACUGAUUUCGGUCUUAACCAUUCUCUUUUCACCAAUCAUAGCUAGAGAUAUUCUGGUGGCAAUUAGCUUAAAAUGCAGGUAUGUUCUGUAUUAUAUUUUGCCCUGCCCAGGACGAGCAAUCUAAGUAGAUAGCUAAUUGAGCUGUUAACGUUAGCACGUUAUGCUAAUUUAGCUAGCUAAUAAAGUUCAACCAAACUGUUUAACCAUCGAAAUGGCGUUUACUAGCUGCCUUAGCUAGCUAACAAGUAUUUGCGUGACUGUGACAUGUGCCUAAAUUGCAGCCCGAAAUAAAGCGUUACUUUGUUUGUGUCGUAUAAGCAAGUUAACAGUACAUAGCCAGCUAACGUUAGCUAGCUAAGUUAACAGCCUGCUAGCGAACCAGUUUGCUAACGCCAAAAGCGUAGAUUCGACUAUCUAUCGUGUAAUAAUUAGCUGGUUUAAACAGUUUCUAUUUUGUUUGCAUCCUCCCUCAGCUUCAAGAGAAGCCAACAGGGGACAUGAAGCAGAGAAGUUGACAUUUUAUAUGUCUCUUCUGCCACCAUCAACAAUUUGUGAUACAAAAUAUUUUCCCUUUGCCUCUUGUUCUUUCAUUGGAGAGAAGCUAAAGGUCUCAUCAUACAGUCUACACACCUCACGCACUUCACGCAGUUAGCUCUGUGUGAAUAAUAACAACACUCCUUUGAGUGUUGGACGCCUAAGAAUCACCAUGGCUGUGGCCAACACCACCAAAACAUCAUGGAGAUUACAGGAGAUUGUAGCCCACUCCAGUAAUGUGGCGUGUUUGGCCCUGGGGAAGAACUCCGGCCGUCUGCUAGCCACUGGGGGAGAGGACUGCCGAGUCAACAUCUGGGCAGUCAGCAAACCCAACUGCAUCAUGAGUUUGACAGGCCAUAAUAACCCAGUAGAGUGUGUGAAGUUUAAUAACUCUGAGGAGCAGGUGGUGGCUGGCUCACAGUCCGGAUCACUGCGUGUAUGGGACCUGGAGGCUGCAAAGAUCCUAAGAACUCUAAUGGGACACAAGGCCAAUAUCUGUAGCUUGGACUUCCACCCGUUUGGGGAAUACCUGGCAUCUGGUUCCAUAGACACCAACAUCAAGCUGUGGGAUGUACGGAGAAAGGGCUGUGUGUUCAGGUACAAGGGUCACACUCAGGCAGUGAAGUGCCUGGCCUUCAGUCCAGAUGGGAAAUGGUUGGCCUCUGCUAGUGAUGACAGCACCAUCAAGCUGUGGGACCUGACUGCAGGGAAGAUGAUCACAGAGUUCACAGCACACACAGGAGCCAUCAACAUCAUCCAGUUCCACCCCAACGAGUAUCUGCUAGCGUCAGGCAGCUCUGACAGGACCAUCAAACUGUGGGAUCUGGAAAAGUUCAAGAUGAUUGGCUCUUCAGGGGGAGAGAUGGGACCCGUCAGGUGUCUGGCCUUUAACCUGGAUGGCUGCUGUCUGUACAGUGGAGCUGUGGACUCUCUCCGUGUGUAUGGCUGGGAGCCCGACCGCUGCUUUGAUGUGGUGCCAGUGGGCUGGGGCAAGGUGGCAGACCUGGCUAUCUGCAACCACCAGCUGAUUGGAGUGUCGUACAAUCUGGCUAAUGUUUCGUCCUACGUGGUGGAUCUGACACGGGUGAAGAAGUCUGGCUCUGUGAUCCAAGGCGUAAUCCAGGACGACCAGCCGCUCACAGAGCCCUCCCCGAAAGGAUCCACGCUGCGACGCAACUACGAGCGACCCCUGACCACCUGCAGCACACAGAGGGUAAAGCAGAGUUCUGAGUCAGAGCGGCGGAGUCCCGAGGGGGAGAUGAGGAGCCCCAGCAGCGAGGACGAGAAGGAGUCCUCCGCCGAAAUCCGUAACCCUGAGGACUACAAAGAGAUCUUCCAGCCAAAGAGCGCCAUCUCUCGCACCCCCCCAAAGAAUGAGCCCUUCCCUGCCCCCUUAGAAGAUGAGAGUUUUGUGGUGAGGGCUAACCAAGGGCUGGUGGAGGUCAUGACUCCUAUGACUGACAGACAGCAGCCCGGCCUGUUGAAGAACCUUCCAGUGGGAUCGUCCACUCCGAUCCUGAGGGUGGAGCCUACCGUGGUUGCCACGGCGCCCUGUCCCAUCCCAGUGGUAACCGCACGGCCGCCGACUAACCACACCCCUGCACCCCACCCAGCCCCCGCACCGGUCGUUGCUAUGGCGAAGGCCAAACCCCAGCCCAGCGUCAUCCUCUCCUCCAGGAAUGAACCAAUAGGACUCAACGUGGGAGAUUUCCUUCCUCCUGCUCGUAACAACCGGCCCAGUGUGCUGGGUGAUGACGAGGCUCUGGCCCAGAUCAGAAAGGGUCAUGAAACCAUGUGUGUGAUGCUCACCAGCCGACACAAGAACCUGGACACCAUCAGAGCCGUGUGGGGCAGCGGGGACGUCAAGACCUCCUUGGACUCUGCGGUCUCGAUGAAGGAUCUCUCGAUCGUCGUGGACAUCCUCAACAUCGUUAACCUCAAACCGUCGCUAUGGAAACUGGACCUGUGUACCUCUAUCCUGCCCCAGAUUGAAGAGCUGCUGCAAAGCAAGUAUGAGAGUUACAUGCAGACGGGUUGCACGUCUCUGAAGCUGAUCCUGAAGCGUUUCUGGCCUCUCAUCUCAGACACGCUGACAGCGCCCCCCUCUGUUGGAGUGGAUAUAACACGGGAGGAACGCCACCAGAAGUGCAAGGCAUGCUACAAGCUGCUGAAGAACCUCAGCGACUUGGUGAAGAACAAGGCCGACCAGGUGGGUCGCCACGGCAGCGCCUUCAAAGAGCUGCAGCUGCUCAUGGCGCCACUGGACUACUGACAGUCGACUAUGCAACUGGAGACACGCACAGAUUCCUCAACGGCUGACCACUGUGCUGUGAGGACUCAAGUCUGACUGACGGCUGCAUUCUGUCAUCCACCUGAGUGGUAAAUCAGGGGACAAUCCCAGAUUCACACUGCGUGUGGAUGGACUGAAGCAGUGGACUCAGAGACUGGGCGGGAUAGAAGCCCAUGUUUUAGAACUCACUGUGUAGCUGUGUUCUCAGAGCGCGGGACUCGGCUCUCCUAUUUAAACACUGGGCACUUAUGAUUCCUUAAUCUGUAUGUGAGAGAAAUGAUGUCCUCUGUAACCUUAACUUGCCCACCACAGAUGAGUGCACACACACACACUUUUCGUAAUUCUUCCACGCACACAAAACACCUAUGACACACAGAUCUGACUAGGGCCAGGUUUCAAUCCGAUCGUGGGUUAUAGGCGUUGCGGCUUUAAAAAAAGUAAUGUUCACACGGAUAUCGCCUUUAAAAGCCGCAAUACCUGUGUUCAGGUGCACGGUGUUGAUUUCUACUUAAAUAUUCUGUACCUGAGAUGUCAACCCUAGAUGCACUAUUUGAAAGUAUUGUUAACGCUAAAAGAACAUGUUUUUCAAAUAAAGUCUAGUUUUAGGCAUGUUUCUGGAAUUGAUAAGGAACAA